AUCCAACCUUUAAGAUAGGUGAAUUCUAAAUAUAAAAUUUGAUCCCUUAAGCAUGGAUUUUAAUUGUGAUUUCGAAAUGUUAUUAAAUGUCAGUGUGCUUCGGAAGACACCAAUGCAAUAAUUUCUGGUCUGACACUGUUGUUGGUAUGACUCAGCAAAUAGAUUUUAUUUGAAAUGAAAACGCCCCCUGACAUUCGAUGACAUGAAAUUAUACUUCCUUUACUCCUCCACUGCUUCCUUUUCUGUAAAUGUCGACACAAUGGGUUGUUCAAAUGUUAAUCAUUGAAAAACAAACAAUUAGAAAGACAUAAGUAAUGCAAGUUCCAACGAGAGAGGCGAGAGGAUGGCGAGCGCGGAUCCGGGUCCCGGAAGAACAUUCUGUUUUGAAAAAAGAUCAAAAGAAACAUAUAUGGCGACGAAUCGAAUGUGACAAAGUUAUUGUCGUCGGCAGCAAUGAAUUUCCAGUUAACAGCACUGUCCUAGGUACUCAAAGCAGCUUCUUUGAAAGUAUUUUCGCCAAGAGCAAAGCAACUUUGGUUUCUUUGAACCACCCCCAAAUUAAUCCAAAUGGGUUCACACUCUGGCUCGAGGAAAUAAACUCACCAGGAUCGGUUGAAUUUACGACUAAAAAUAUAAUAGACGUUUGGAAAGUUGCUUAUACUACACGGAGUCAAUGGGUUCUACGUCGUUGCAAAACUACUGUUGCCGAUUUACUGCGCUCUUCAGCAAAUGACCCAUCAAUGAAAGAGUUUGGUAUUAUGGUAUAUAGUUGUGCGUGUUUGUUUAGUGACACAAACUUAGAGAAUCGUACAAGAGAAUUUAUCACUGAUAAUAUUGCUGAAGCUCUCUAUAACAAUGAGUUCCAAAAAGCAGUCGAUGCUACAAAGUUGCUAGAGAUUCUGAAAAUGCCCCACCUGACGGUGACGUCUGAAGAGAAGUUGUUUUUGGCCAUCAUGACUUGGGUCAAUUUUGAUUUGUCUGCAAGAAAAACUUUUCUAGCCGACAUGUUGAAGUGCCUAUACCUCCAUGUCAUUCCUGCAGCGAUUCUGAAAAACGCCCUGUACAAGGAUGAAUUCAUGAAGAAUGAGGAAUGUCUUAAUGUGUACAUGGAUGCAAUACACUGUCAUGCCAUAGAAGAGAUGAAAGCAACCCGUCCACGGAGACCAAGAUACCAAAGGUACUCCACGGCGGAGAACAGGUUUUUAGUAACUUUCAAAUGCGAAUCGCCGAUGUACUACGAGCAAGAGGAAGACAAGUGGCACUGUUUGCCUAUGGUUGAAGACCCACCAGGACAGAUUAUAAAAUGCACCAGCACACUCAGUACAAUAACAUCUCUUGUUAAAUACACUAACCCCCUCGACUCUUCGAAUCGCUAUGAAAUCUGGGAGUAUUCUUGUCAACAAGAUGAAUGGAGGAAGCUGUAUAAUACACCCUGGUCGUCUGUCCCUGAUGAUUUGGUAUGUCUUCAAGGGACCCUGUAUCUGAUGGAGAACAGGAGAAUGUGGAAAAGAGGGGUAGGUAAUUGGAUGGAAUGCGUGAGGUGUACUCAUAACUGUACUAUGUCUUCAUCUUCCGGAAAGUACAUAAUUCGAUUUGGUAGAAGUAACUCCAAGAAGACGAUCUAUUGUAGUUGUUACGACGUCACGAAGAUGGAGUACGUCCGAAUUGGAUAUCAGAUGGCAAAACAACCGAUUAUUGUUCAAAGGGGAGGGCUACAGUCAGUAAUGAUGAUUGAUGGCAGCGGUAUAUACGACUGGUAUAAAUGGAUUAAAUAUUGUAUCAAGAACGGUGAAAGUAUGGACUCGGAAUCAAGCGCAGACUUUCUGAUACCACAGGAAACACAAGAUGGGAUCUCUCUUCCGCAGUCAAGCGGAGCAAUUUUAAUAAAGGAUAAACUCCAUCUUGCUGUGGGACAAACAUUGUUUUUGCUAAAUACAGUUUAUUAUAACAAAAGUAAUGUUUGUAAAAAUAUAAAUUAUAUCAAAGACAAAGUUUCAAUUUUACCUGGGGACAAAAAUAUUGCUUUGGUUUCUCUUCCACGAAGUGCUUUCAUGAAGUAGAAUUUUUUGUUUGUGUAUUGCAAAUCCGCAAAGCUCACAAAAUAAAUGAAAUGUAGAAAAUAUUAAAUCACCUCCUGAUUUGAUUUGUUGAUUAAGAAACUGAUUAUAUUGAUUGAUUAAACACAUAAUGCUAAACAUUCAUUGUAAAAUGAAGACUUUAGACUUACAUUUGACGAGCUAUAUGAACUCGUUCAUUUCAUUUUAUUUUGUUUAUUUGUCUCAUUAAUAUAAAUAUACAAAUAAAAGCAAAGUUAAUGUAAUUUCAAAAUGCAAGCAUAUAAUAAUAAAGGUUUACAGUAUAUCAUUUUUAUAAAUGCGUGAAUUUUAAAGGGUUUUUUUUUUUGGAUCUUAAAAUUAUUGUGUUACUAUGUUUUACUUAACAUAUUUAUAAUUGAACAUAGGUCCAAAACACACCCUUAUUCAUUAUUCUCCGUCUAUAUUGUAAAUGUUUUUAAAGUUUUCGAAACAUUCUAGGCCUACGUCACAUAUACUUCCUUUAUUAAUUUUCGGUAAUUUCCUUUUCUGUGAAUUCGUCAAAUGGGUUUUUCCAAUAUUAGUCAUUGAAGAACGAACGAUUGGAUUUUAAGGUAUGUAAUGUACAUUACUUAUUGUAUGCAUUUAUUGAAAUACUUGUAAAAACUAACGAUGAGAUCCUAUAUAUACUAUACACAAUUGUAAUGAUCCAGUAAUAUUUUCUCAAUAUUUUUAAUCACUUAAUUAAGUACUACUAAUACCAGCAUCACUUGAGCUGCUGUGUUUGCGAACUAAUAAGACCAUUACUGGGGAUUUCAAAGUGCCUACAAAUAGAGCGGAAAUUCUGGCUCCUCUAAUUUGCCGAUUUUGUUAAAUUCAUGAAUAUUUUAUAAUUUCACUGUUCCCGGCCCUGUUUAUACAAUUGGAUUUUUUUUUUUUUUUGGCUGUUCAUUUUUUUUUUCUGUAAAUUACCUCAAGUUUUUCUGUAAAAUA